UGUUAGAGUUCCGUAAACUUUCAUUACCAACAAUGAUGAAAAAUCCGAUAGCUUUUUGCGUCUUUACGCUGGCUUUGGUUCACUUCAGUUACGGAAAAGUGGCUGCCUUUCCACCGAAUCCUUCUUCCUUUUGCGGGAAGCAGAUGUUUAUUGACGAUGCCCUUAUUAUCGACGGUCCUUUUCAAGAAGGUUGUGUUUUAGAGUUUCAAACACAAGACGACCGUAUUCUGGCGUUCAGCGUCCUUCGUGAAGUCAUGGAGGUAUUUGGGGACGAAAUGGACAACGAUUCUCCAAUCCUUCAACUUGAACACCAGGAAACCCACGAACUUUCAGGAAAAGACGAAUUGCCUGUGACUCUCUACACUAAAAAUUCGAAAGCGUCCGUUCGAUUUUUGAAAGCGGCAACCCAUUUGCAGCUCAAGAUUCAAAAGGCCGUUGCUUGUGGAUUCAACGUGGGAGUAGACACUAGCUGUGGACGAAUAGUGGACGAGGUUUCCUGCUAUUGUCAAAUCUCGAGGCUUCUGAGCCAGGCUGAUCACGCGAUGUUCUGCCUUGACGUCGACAUGAAAUUGGUGUCUUUCGAAACGCAACUAGAAGAACAGAAGGUUCGCGGAGCUUGGAUUCCCGAUCAACAACACUGGACCUCACUGACCGAUUACCGUCGUGACAACUCAUGGGUUUGGGAAAGCACGAUGUCGCUGUUGACCGACCAGACUUACACUGCUUGGUUCCCAGGGAGACCCAAUAUGCAAGUUGACAAUACUGACGAUUGCAUGGUCUACGGCGGUGAUUUCCUGACGUAUUGGGGAGACGUUAACUGCGGCGAAACGGCUCGUGCUGUUUGUGAAGCUCAGCCUUAAAUUGCCAACCCUAA